AUGGCGAAGACCGGUUCCUGUACCCAGAAGAUACGGCGAGUAUUUGUGGAGAAAUCCGCGCUCUGGGCAGUACUAGGUAACAAAAUCUUUUGCGGUCCAGUCUUUGGGUUCUUUGUUCAUCUUCAUGGCGAGUUAGAUUACCCUAGCAGUCCAUGUCUACUGCUUGAGGAAUUGGAGGAGGUCAUUCAUCUGGCAGCGGACCAAGUCAAGGUGCAACAAAUUGGCAAGGCAACUUCCACAAGGCCAACAAUUGUGGCAACUGGUGAUUCGCCGUGGUCGCCACGAUUGGGCGAUCGUCCACGACCAUUAGUCAAGACCUGA